AUGGCAGUAGUGGAGCAUCUCGAAGGAAAUUUGAAGUUUUUCCUUGGCGACCGUGAAGCAUUCAAUUUGAUCUUCGCAGUGCUGGGACCAUGCGCGAAGAAGUUUCCUUCUGUAAAACGGCGUCUGUCGACUUUUUCGGCGAAAGUUCUAAAGAGUGCUGCGACCUCACCGGCCAUUGAAGGACAUCUCCGUCAGUACGUUCCAAAUGCACCGCCUCCAGCUGGUUAUAAGAAGAAGGAGCUGACCGAAGAAGAGAUUCUCGAAGCGCUCCACUCGAAAGUAAUUCCAGUAGGCUACAGUAGAGCUCUGCUUCUAAAUAAAUUCUUGCAACGCCGCGUGGAGAUUUUCAAGAGAAGUGCAACUCCAGCGGAAUUCGACGCACAGAUGAUGGCCAUAUUUGGCGAUUCUGGCAUAGAAGAGUUGGUAGCACAGAUGCCUCUUCGAAGUCCGUUAAAGACAAUUGAGACAGUGUUCCUCAGAUUACUGUCAUCUUUCAAUACAAAGUAUAACCCCAGAAUAGUCUGCUCGUUCUUCAUGUUGAACGCAAUUCGUGAGUUCUGCCGCGUAUGGACUGCCCAGCAGUGGGCCUGUCUUGCACAGUACGUGGUCGAGAUGGUUAUGGGAGAUCCACAACAGAUGAAGGCCGCUGUUGACCUUAUUGAUCGAUUGGUAGAUCUUACGAAUGUUGAAGUUGCGGUACCUAUAGCGGAAGUGAUAGUGACAUUAGCCAGAUCGGAUUUGCCUAUUGAGAAACGGAAGCACGCUCAAAGUUUGCUCGAUGAUAUACAACUCAAGUACCCAUGUCUAUUUGUGGAUCCAUUGGCCAAUCAAGCAAGUAUCCAAGGAUUCCGAUGGCGUCAACGGGAUACAGACGGCCUGGUGACAACGCUGGUAGCACAGGCGGUGGAUCCCACUCAAUCGGACGUAGUGGGUGCAGUACGAACUCUAGCACAACUGGUGGAGACUUAUCCAAAAGUAAUGAUUAGGAAUUUCGGCACCAUGGCGCAACAGAUUCCGCUGCUAACAAGGAUGCCGGCCGCUUUGCGAAAG